AUGUACGUCUGUGCCCUGGAUCGUCCGUGGCUAUCGACACCGUUCCCGUUCCAGGGCUUCGUGGUAAAGAGCGGCGCCGAUAUCAAGGCGCUCAAGAAAUACUGCGAAUACGUCUAUGUGGAUGUUCUUCGCGGAGUGCCACCCAGUGCCGAUAGUGCGCUGAACAAACGCUGGCGCCCAGGCUUUGACGAACAGGAAGAUCAACCCGGCACGGCGCAAGGCAGUCUGCUGGAGAAAUCUAAAACGGUUCAAUGGGACGGCAGCAUAAAAGCCUCACCGAUUCGCGUCCGCUACGACGAGUACCCUCAGCCCAAAGCGUUCCAGAAAGAGCUUAAGCGCACGGAGAAAUUCCAGGGCGAACUGUCACAAGCGAUGACCCAAGUGAUGGAUGACAUUCGAGUGGGUCGCGGUCUUGAAGUUACCCCGCUGCGACGCUCAGCCAGCAACAUGCUGCAUAGCGUCAUUCGCCACCCCGAUGCCUUCGUCUGGAUGAUCAAGCUGCGCGACAAAGAUGCCUACGCCUAUGGCCAUGCCGUGCGUUCUUCGGUCUAUGGCAUGGUCCUGGGUCGCCAUAUCGGCCUGAACGAAUUACAAAUGGAAACCUUGGCGUUAGGUGCCUUACUCAGCCAGAUAGGCAAAGCGCGACUACCGAAGUACCUGUUGGAGAAACGCGAUCCGCUGUCCAGCGAAGAACUGGAGAAGGUCCGCGCCCAUGUCGACAUCGGUGUCGAUCUGUUGGAUCGCUGCGUCGGCAUAAACGAUGAAGUGGUGUCAAUCGUUCAGAACUACCACGAACGGUUCGACGGAACGGGCUAUCCCAACGGAUUGGUCGGCGAUCAGAUUCCGCUGUUGGCACGAAUAACCGGUCUGGUUGACGCCUACGAUGCCAUGACCAGUCGCAAACCAUAUUCUGUGGAAGUGCUAACCACCUCAGAAGCGAUGGACUAUCUGUACGACCAACGCGACGUUAAGUUUCAGGGACAGCUGGUUGAAGAAUUUAUUCAGUCGCUGGGCAUCUACCCAACGGGGACUCUGGUCGAGUUGAGCACAGGUCAGGUCGCGCUGAUUAUUGAGCAGAACUACCAUCAGCGGAUCCAGCCGACCGUUUUGAUUGUGCUGGACCGAUCCAAACGACCGGUGGAAAAGGUCCAGAAGAUCGACCUCAGAGCUCACAAUGCUGCGGAGCCUGAGCAACCAAUCAGUAUCAAGCGUGCUCUAGCAUCAGGUGAGUACGACCUGGAUGCGGCCGACAUCAUGACCCGCUUCAGCGAACAGAAGUUUGACUGGCGACGUUUCUCGUUUACCCGUUUCAAGUCUUAG